UGGCCAGAGGCGGGUGGUGCGCGCGGGUGCGCGUGACGCUCGGGCUCCCGGGCUGCUUGGCCUGGGCGGCGUCCCUCUGCUCAGGGUCCCCAGCCACGACAGUGAGCCGACCGAAGAGGGCUGGGGGCCGCUUGCUGGGCUGGGUCCUGUCCCUGAGCACCGAGGAAAGGACGACGCCGUGGCCCUGGGGCUGUCUGCCUGUGGCCAGUGCCGGAGCCCAGACUGCCCUCUCCUCACCCAGCAGAGGCCGCAGAGCACACCGCUCGCCUGGAACCCGGGUUCUCCGACCCGGCGAAGCUUCGCAGGCUGCUGGGAUCCCCGGCCGGGAUGCACUUCAGCACCGUCACCAGGGACAUGGAAGCCUUCACGGCCAGCAGCCUGAGCGGCCUGGGGGCGGCGGGGGGCUUCCCGGGCGCCGCGUCGCCGGGCGCCGACCCGUACGGCCCGCGCGAGCCCCCGCCGCCGCGCUACGAGCCGUGCGCCGCCGCCGCCCCCGGCGCCCCGGGCCCGCCGCACGCCUACCCGUUCGCGCCGGCCGCCGGGGCCGCCACCAGCGCCGCUGCCGAGCCUGAGGGCCCCGGGGCCAGCUGCGCGGCCGCCGCCAAGGCGCCGGUGAAGAAGAACGCGAAGGUGGCCAGCGUGAGCGUGCAGCUGGAGAUGAAGGCACUGUGGGACGAGUUCAACCAGCUGGGCACCGAGAUGAUCGUCACCAAGGCCGGCAGGCGCAUGUUCCCCACCUUCCAAGUGAAGCUCUUCGGCAUGGACCCCAUGGCCGACUACAUGCUCCUCAUGGACUUUGUGCCCGUGGACGACAAGCGCUACCGGUACGCCUUCCACAGCUCAUCCUGGCUGGUGGCCGGGAAGGCAGACCCCGCCACGCCCGGCCGCGUACACUACCACCCCGACUCACCGGCCAAGGGGGCACAGUGGAUGAAGCAAAUCGUCUCCUUCGACAAGCUCAAGCUGACUAACAACCUGCUGGACGACAAUGGCCAUAUUAUUCUCAACUCCAUGCACAGAUACCAGCCACGCUUCCACGUGGUCUAUGUGGACCCGCGCAAAGACAGCGAGAAAUACGCCGAGGAGAACUUCAAAACCUUUGUGUUUGAGGAGACACGCUUCACUGCGGUCACUGCCUACCAGAACCACCGGAUUACCCAGCUCAAGAUCGCCAGUAACCCUUUCGCCAAAGGUUUUCGAGACUGCGACCCCGAGGACUGGCCCCGAAACCAUCGGCCCGGCGCACUGCCGCUAAUGAGCGCCUUUGCGCGCUCGCGGAACCCCGUGGCCUCACCCACACAGCCCAACGGCGCUGAGAAAGACGCGGCCGAGGCCCGGCGAGAAUUCGAGCGCGACACGGGCGGCCCGGCCGUGCUCGGGGACCCAGCGCACCCGCCGCAGCUGCUGGCGCGGGUGCUGAGCCCCGCGCUGCCCGGGUCCGGCGUCCCGCUGCCCGGCGCGCCUGGAGGCCGGCCCAGCCCCCCGCACCCCGAGCUGCGCCUGGAGGCACCCGGCGCGUCGGAGCCGCUGCACCACCACCCCUACAAGUACCCGGCCACCGCCUACGACCACUACCUCGGGGCCAAGAGCCGGCCAGCGCCCUACCCGCUGCCGGGCCUGCGCGGCCACGGGUUCCACGCGCACGCGCACCCGCACGCGCACCCGCACCACCACCCCGCCGUGAGCCCCGCAGCCGCCGCCGCCGCCGCCGCCGCUGCGGCUGCCGCCAGCAUGUACUCAUCGGCCGGGGCCGCGCCGCCCGGCUCUUACGACUACUGCCCCAGAUAAUGUGGGCGUCCGCCUGGGGGUCCGGUCCACCCAGCCCGGGGCCACCGCAGGCGCCCUUCCCGGGCCUCCAAGCCGUGGGGCCUCCAUCCGCCAGCCCCAGAGCUGUCCAAGGACCUGGUUCCCUGGCCCCAGGGCCACCGCGGGUCCCUCCUCGGCCUCGAGGGCCCCGGGUCCGCACAGCCAGUGCCAAAGUGCGCGGUUCGCGCCGGAAGGAAGUGGUAUUUAUUGUUCUCCGCGAGACCGCGACGUCCCCCGGCCCGGCUGGCAGUUGCAGUGUAGACGACCCGAGAACCCGUCUGCAGGCGGUGUAGAUACUUGUAGAUAUUUGUAGAUAACUGUAGAUACCGCGCCGGCGCCGCCUUGAUAAACGGUUUCGCCUCUUUUGGAA